UUGCCACGGGCAAGUGAGCGCACGAGAAUGGAACCAACACACAGGAAUGCACCGGCGACCUUUCGGUCGGGACUGCGCCCAACCAACUGAGCCACACUGGCCACAACUAAACUUUUUCUUAUUGUAAAUUUGCAUUACAGAGGCUGUAAACUCUGGCUGCGUUUUGGAACCAUCUGGGUGUUUUCAAAAAUACUAAGGCUCCCGCCUUACCAAGUUCCGCCUUUUCCGCCGUCUCAACCUUGCUGUGGCCUAAACGCUUGACGGCGCUGAGCCUACAGUCCCGAGUGCCGAAACGCGCCUGCGCGGCGCCAAGUCCCGGCGGGCUAUUUGAAUUUCUCGCGGGAUCCCUGGCUUCCGCCUGAGACCGGAGAGUGAGUGGUCGGGCCCUCUCGCCCCAGAAUGGAUCCUUGACUCCCAGACCCGCGCGAAGUUGGGGAUCCUGGAAUAGGAAGCAGGCAAAAGGCAUUGCUUGAGCGGGAUGUGGGAUGUGGGAUCGCGCCAGGCGGGGGAGCAGGGAUCCUCCGUCCUCCGCCCUCUGGGUUAGAGUGGGCGCUGGAGACGUUCUCAGCUACCUUCGGAGUGCACUAGGCUUAAAGGAUGGCCUCUUCAGAUCUGGAACAAAUAUGCUCUUAUAUUAAUGAAAAGAUUAGGAAUAUUAAAACAUGUCUGGCAUUAAGGAAUUGUGGUCAAGAACCCAUCUUGAAGACUAUCUUAAAUAAAAUCGGAGAUGAGAUCAUUGUCGUAAAUGAACUUCUAAAUAAAUUGGAAUUGGAAAUUCAGUAUCAAGAACAAACUACUAAUACACUUAAGGAACUCUGUGCCUCUCUGGAAGAAGAUUAUAAAGAUGUGCAACAUCUCAAAGAGAACAUUCCUCCCCAUUUGCCUCAAGUAACAGUAACCCAGAACUCUGCUGCUGUGUCGGAUCUUGACCCCGAGGAACAUGUCAAAGGUGAAGAACCUGUCAAAGGUGAGGAACCUGGAGCCACAAAGAAGAAGCCAAAAGAGCAAAGAAACAUUAAAGAAAUGCCCUUUAUAACUUCUGAGGAGUUUAAUGGCAUUCCUGCGUACAUGAAAUCCCGCUUAACCUAUUGUCAAAUCAAUGAUGUUAUUAAAGAAAUCAAUAAGGCAGUAGUUAGUAAAUAUAAGAUCCUACAUCAGCCAAAAAAGUCCACUAUGAGUUCUGUGGCCCGAAAUCUCUAUCACAGAUUCCUUGAUGAAGAAACAAAGGAUACUAAAGGCCAUUAUUUUAUAGUGGAAGCUGACGUAAAGGAGUUCACAGCUUUGAAAGUGGACAAGCGGUUUCACGUGAUACUGAACAUCUUGCGGCACUGCCGGCGGCUGUCGGAGGUCCGGGGCGGGGGCCUCACGCGGUACGUCCUAACCUGAGGCCCUUGUGCGCUUCCAACCUGCCAGCAGCAGAGUACGGAGGCAAUUCCUGUAGUUUUCAUGUAAUUAUUUGUAUCCAUCUUUUCUUGUCUCUUGUAAAAAUAAAACUUCUUUGAAAAUAAAGCACGUAUAUUCUAAAAUAAACUU